AGAACGUUUGUUCGGAAAAAACCUGAUGAUUUCAUACAACUCCUUCAGUUUGUCAGAUUAGAUUGUACUAUUGUAUGACAUUUUGUAUAUGUGAAGAAAAUAUACGCGUAUAUUCUGAGCGAGGACAUAAGUACAAAGAAAUGGUUUUUGGACUGCUGCAUGCAAAAUAUUAAACUGUGCCAUUGUUUGAAAAAAUAAGAAGUAAAAUGUCUAUCAGUCAAGAUCGUCCGGAACUUUACGAAGAAGUCAAACUGUAUAAAAAUGCCAGAGAACGUGAGAAGUAUGAUAACCAAGCUGACUUGUACGCUGUUGUCAAUACUCUGCAACAUUUAGAGAAAGCUUACAUCAGAGAUUGCGUUACGCCUAAAGAAUACACUGCAGCUUGCAGUAAGCUGCUAGUACAAUACAGAGCUGCCUUUAAACAGGUUCAAAGCGAUCAAUUUCUCACAAUCGAUGCUUUUGCCAGAGCAUUCAGGCUUGAUUGUCCAGCUGCUCUUGAAAGAAUAAAGGAAGAUAGACCUAUCACUAUCAAGGAUGACAAAGGCAACACAUCUAAAUGCAUAGCAGACAUUGUCUCACUGUUCAUUACAAUCAUGGACAAAUUACGGUUAGAGAUUAAAGCUAUGGAUCAACUCCAUCCAGAUCUAAGAGAUCUGAUGGACACCAUGAACCGACUCAGUAUAUUACCCAGUGAUUUUGAUGGAAAGCAAAAGGUCGCAGAGUGGCUCCAGACACUAAACAAUAUGUCUGCCUCUGAUGAACUGUCGGAUACUCAAGUCAGACAAUUGAUUUUUGAUUUGGAAACAUCCUACAAUGCCUUCAACAAAGUACUCCACAAUUCUUAAUUUACAAAAAGAAAGUAAGAAACAACAAAACAUGAAUUAUUCAAAAGCACAAAAUUUCUUUUAAAAAACGAUUUUAUAAGAGUAAAUGUUGCUUGGGUAUAAACAUGUUUUUUUCUACACUUCUAUUCCUUGAGUAAUAGGUGAUAAAUGUUACUUGUAUUAUUAUUUGACUUUUUAAUCACUUUACAUGAGUAUCUUUUUUGAUGUAAGAAUCAUGUGUAUAAUUAUUUUUAUAUGUAACUGUUUAAUUAUUAUCCUCCUAUGUUCUGCAAUAACUUACUUGUUAACAGAAGCAAAUUCGCAUCAGAACAUAUUUUUCUGCAAUUUGUAAAGUACACUAGGUAAUUGUUAAAUAAAUGAAAAAGGUUGAAUCAAUAAAACACUCGUUUGAUUGGCAAGUAUAGCACAUCAUUGUGCAAUCAAUUGUACUAAUUGAAGUUUUCUUACAUUGAAGUUUUGACUCUGGCAUUUCCUGACACGAAUCACGUACUAUAAAGCGAACCAAUUAUAAUUUUAAAUUACCGUCGCAAUAGACAUAGCGUGAAUUCAAGCAAAUUUAAUUUGCAAACUAUUAUGUAACAUUGAUAUACAUAUGAAUAUAACUAAUUUUGUAAAGUCGCAUAUGAAUCGUCAUUUGUUUGCGUAAUCACACAAAAAAAAAUCACAACGUCUGCGUGAUUGUUCGAAUAAAGCAACAUCAUGUUUUGAAAA